CUCGCCUGUUUUCAUCGGCUUUGAAUGAUCAGUGGGGAAGAAGACCCGACUCACUCGGCCCUCUGACGUUACCCAGUAGACUAGAGAUGGCGAAGAGGAGUUCAACCAGAAAGUCUCUGAAAGGUUUGUUCUCCAAGAGCGAAGCCAACUUGGACGAAUCGGUGGAGAAGGAUGUGCAGAAAAAUGAAGGGGAGAAGAAGAAGUUCAAGUUGUUCAAAUUCAAGACAAAGUCCAAGAACGACUCUGAGAAGUCAGCUAAUGACAGCCAGAAGGUGCUCAGAGCUGUUGCGAACAGUAAGACCGCAGACGACGAAGAGCCCGGUUCUGUCAACAAUGGCCCAGACAGCAAGCUGCCUCCUGUUUAUGCCACCGCACCUAGGGUUAAGGCCAAAGCGUUAAGCUACUCAGAGACGGACCUUCGUAGGCCUAAGAGGUUUGCAACCAUUUCAUUUGGUCUUAGAAAGAAGAAGAAGGAGAAAGAUGAAGAGAAUAUGUCGAAGAGCACUUUUGGUCUUCCUACCCAAGGCAUUGAGGAGCAGGAAGAGACACCUGUGGAACAGGACCCAGGGAACAGAAAGAAGUUCAGUAUGUCUCAACCAGAACUUGACAGCGACAGUAAAUUUGACAUCCCUUCACCUCCCCCUGUAGCUGCAAAUGAAACUGACUCGUACUUCACUCUUUCGGCACAGUCCCAGUCAGUCCCAGUCACUGUGAACACCCAACAAGAAUCAAAGGGCCCUCUUACGAAUGCCUCUGAUCUUUCGGAUGUGCAGAGGCAAACCCUGAGAGCUCCAAUUGCUUCCAUUCCUGAGCUGCAACUUGAUGAUACCGGCUCACUGGAGGAGAAAGAGAACAUUCCAGUUCACGACAGCUCAAGCAGAAAUGAUGUCAAAUCAGCUCUUCUGACAGCUACUUCAGAAACAGCUUCUGUUGUUCAAACCCAGGCUGAACAUACCCUUCUAGCCAGCCAGCCACCAACUGUGCUUGACAGUUCGGUUUACGAAGCAGCAACUGUCGACUCGGGCAAUAAUUCUUAUGAUUAUAUCCCCCAAGAAAAUGAAUCCACCAGUGGGACUUUACCAUAUCAUCAGUCUGAUGCCCCUGACACAGUUGACAGUACAAUUUCAAAUAGUGAGUCCUCCCUGACAAGUGUUGACAACAGUAACUACACCACUGUUACAGGGCCAAGUCCUGAUCCUCAAAAUGACAAGUUAGCUAGCAGUGCAGACUCUGCUGCCAACCAUCAUGAAAUCUUCAUUUCUCACACUGAGAGGUCUUUUCCUGAAAAUUCCAAGAGCGUCAGCACAACCUCAGCUGUUAGCAGCGAAAGCAGCACUGCUCCCAUCCAUCAAGAUAAAGUUUAUGGAGCUCUGUACGAGUCACUUUUCCCCCAGAAUUUUACCUCUGAGGUAAUCUCUUCGCUCCUAAGCCCAUCAUCUCAUAUCUGCACUGAUAAAAGACUUCUUGACACCAAAACAGAAUUUGUCAUUGUCAAAACCCACGAUGAAAGUCAUGCAGAAACAAAUUAUCAGUACUCCCAAACAUUGACUUCUCAUGAUCUUGACUUGGCUGCUGGCAGAAUGAUUGAUGCUCCUGAUGGUUCGGCCUCCAUCGGUGAAAUAAAGGAAAGCUCUUUUGGUGAGAGCUCCAGAGUUUCUGCUUCUCAGAUUCAAACAGUCCCAGAAAACCAAAACGGAUAUGUGCCUACCUCUCUCAGUGCAGCUUCCAAGUAUUCUGACAGUGCUGGCAUUUCUUACUCUGAGCUGACCCGCUCCCGUUCACAGUUGAAAGCGGACAAUAAAAGCCUUGUUACCGACAGUGACUGGUCAGGCCCUUUGUGUCAGAACUCUGCCCCUCCCAUAUCCAACUAUGAAACAUCCCACGGGAUAGAUGCUCAGGUUACUGACUCCAAACGGAGAGUGAUCCUAGUCAAAGAGUUAGUCACAGACGACACAAACGUUUAUCCAGGCUGUAGCUCUUCGGUGCCUGAUAAAAUGAAUCUGGUGAAGGAUCUUAAGGUAGAAUUUGAAACGACAGAUGAGUUUCCUGCCCUUUCUGGACCAACGGUGCGAAAUGACAGGCUCUUAAGUCCAGCAUAUCUAAGUGUUGGAUCAGAUGAUGAAAGUACAAAGGAGAUUUACUACAGUGCUGAGGAGGACAAUGCAGAGGAGAGUGGGGACGAAGAGAUGUUCACAAUGGAUGAUAGAGAAGAGUCCAUUGUGAGGCUAGGUGAGGAAAUCGUACAGCACUCUGAGCCAAUGGAUAAAGGGAUCAGCCAGAGAGAUGAAGGAGAGUUCAGGGUCGUGAUUGUGAAAAUGGAACAGAAAGAAGACAAAAUGGACGAUGAAGGAAAGCGAGAGGAUUAUAAUGGUCAAACUGAAGUACAGCAACAACUUGAAGAACAGAAAUCGGGCAGUCAAGUGCAUGAAAUGGGAACAUCUGAGAGUUGGGUGGAAGAACAAUUAACCGCUGUAUGGCCACAAAUGAAAGAAGAAGAGGAGGAGGGUAGAAAGGAGGAUUUACUAGCCACACCGGUUCAGCAGGUGAACACAAUGAUGGUAUGUAGUUUUGCUCCUCCUCCCAGUGAGCAGCAUGGGCAGGUGGAAGAGUCUGGGGGAAACUGGACUGUAGACUUGGAAACAGAAGACCACUCUAAUGGAGAGAACCUGUUUCCAACAGAGGUGGAAGAAACUCUGCCUAACAAAGAUUUUGCCGAUUUUGGCCGCAAGCAUGCUACUUCCAGCCACACAAAGGAAGAGGAUGUGAUUGUGCAUAUAACAACAGAGACAGAAGAGCAAGUUCCACUGAUUGUGAAUGCAGACAAGACCGGUGAAGGCAACAAAGACACAGAAAAUAGCAUGGGCAUAACAAACAGCACAUUAACAGAUACUGCUGGGGCAGCAGAGGCUGUCAUGGGCAAUCUGACACACGGCACUCACCUGCAAUCAGAUGCCACAGAGAUUGAACACAAUAGGGUUCCACGGAGCACUGAGUGGGCGGAUACAAUUACUCAGAGCCCUGACAGAAACAUUACCGUGCCAGAACAGGUGGCAGUUGAGCUGUCAGCAUCGAACGCAGACACACACCAUCUUGAUAGUGACACUGCAGAGGGUCUCUGCGAGCAUCCAAAGGAAGCCCAGCCUGACCUGAAUGAAGGGUCUUUGACGGCUUCAAGGACCACCGCAGCAAGUUCAGAAAGUCAACAGACGGACGACUGCCAGGAAUCAGCUGACAAAAUGAAUUCAGGCUACCGCAGCCUGAGUACCAAGCUGUUAAUAAAAACCUCGUCUCUCUCCAAAGAGGAUGAAGCCAAACAUCGUUUCCAUAAACUAUCUCUCAUUAAUGAGGCUGAUGCUGUUGAUAAUAGCCAGGAUGAAGUGGAGUUUAGCAAAACGAGCACCUCGACUGAGUCAAAUGAACCGGAUCUUGACUCAGAGUAUAAAUGGAAAAAUAGAUUUGAGGGUGUAAGUCAGUAUAAACCAAGUAAAACAGAGAAUUACACUUUUUCUGACUCCCUGACUUACAAUAUAUCAGACACCUCGUCCAGUAACUCCUCCUCUUCCUCUUCCUCUUCCUCGGCUCUGCCUGACACUACAGCAUACACACGCUUCACUGACUCCUUCUCUUCCCCCUCCCUCCCCUCUCUGGAGGAACCUAUUACCCUUGGCAACAGGUGGAGUGACAGGAAUGAAUUUUACCUGAGCCGUGAAAGCAACCCAGUCGAAGCACCAGCAGAUGACUGGAGGAGGAGCUUAGUGGAGCAGGAGGAGCCUGGAGCAGCUGCAGGUGAAACACUGGGACGGAGAGAGGGAGAGUCAGAGAGUGUAAAGUCGGUCUGGGAGCCACAACAGCUCCCUGUAUCCAGCCUUUCCUCAACACAACAAACCAGCUACAACAACAAUUUGGAGGAAGAGGACGGCGACUCAUACAGAUUUACUGGGGUGUUCACAGCCACACUUGUGGAGGCUGUCUCUGACCCUGUAGCUACUACUCUUUCCACUCCUCCUGCCUCCCCUGACGAAGACUCCACCAGCCAGUUUGACAUGGAUAUUCUGGUGGAUACUUUAAAGAGCAUGGGGCCUUCUCUGAGGCAGAAGAGCGUGAGCAUACGCACCACUAAUACAGGCCUCGCCUCCUCUCUGCCACCCAUUGUGGAGGAUGCUCCAAGCCCAGUCUCUUCUGACGUGCCUGACUCCGUGAGCGGUAUCCAAACAAAGAUGGAAGGAACAGGCGCUCCAGCCGAGUCCCUCAAUGGACUGUAUACUCUGCCUGCUGACCUGGGAUUGAAGAGGACUUCCCCAAGAGACAGUCGUUCUCCAUUGCUUACCAAAGAGAAGGAACAUGGAAAGCUUAAUCCUCGUCCUGGAAAGAUGUAUAUUUUUGACCGACCGGGUAUGUGCGGCCAAAGGAUUGAGGUACACGGGGAUGUCAUUGAUGCUACACCCUGGGAGCUGCAGGAAGCUAUCUCUAUCAGGGUGGUCAGAGGAGGGUGGGUGCUUUAUGAGAAACCCAACUUCAAAGGGGAGAAGAUUGCUCUGGAUGAGGGUGACAUCGAGAUUACUUACCCGUUCAGCCCUCCAGAAGAGCAGCAAGAGAAUGAACAGAAUGAGGGAGAAGAGCAGAACGGAGACACAAAUGAUGAGCAAAAGGAGACCAAGCCAGCCAGGAGGUUCCUCAUCGGAUCCAUACGAAGAGCAGUGAGGGACUACAGCGUUCCAGAAAUCAGCCUUUUCCCUGAAGAGGAAGCGGAGGGAAAGAAAGUCAUCUUCCGAGAUACUUCCGAUGAUGCCAGGAUUUUUGGUUUCCCCAUUAAGGCCAAUUCCAUCAUUAUUAACGCAGGGCUGUGGCUUGUGUUCGCGCAGCCUUUCUUCCAGGGUGUACCACGAGUCUUGGAGGUUGGGGGGUACUCCAACCCAGCAGCCUGGGGGGUGGAACAGCCCUACGUGGGGUCCUUACAUCCACUCAAAAUAGGUGAACCAAAGGUGGAACAUCUGAAUGAUCCAAAGAUGGUGAUUUAUGAAAAGCCCUACUUUACUGGGAAAUCGAGGACCAUAACCACCAACAUGAGAGACUUUAUGACCAGAAUAGAGAGGCAGCAAACAACCUUUAUGUAUAACGUGGGCUCUCUUAAAGUACUAGGAGGAAUCUGGGUGGGCUAUGAGAAGGAGGGUUUCCGAGGCCACCAGUACCUGCUGGAGGAAGGAGAGUAUCAUGACUGGAGGGUGUGGGGAGGCUGUGAUGCAGAACUGCGCUCUGUUAGGGUCAUUCGAGCAGACUUGACAGACCCUGUCAUGGUGAUGUUUGAGCAGCUAGAGGAAGACGAAGAUGGAGUGCAAGAGGAGAAGACCUUUGAGGUGACAGAGGCCAUCCCUGACGUUGAGCUGUUUGGCUACAAAACCUCCACGCGUUCAAUCGAAAUAAUCAGUGGGGCAUGGAUCGCUUACUCGCAUGUGGACUUUUCUGGUCACCAGUACAUUCUAGAGAAAGGCUUCUACAAUAACUGUGCUGACUGGGGGUCUCAAGACACUCGUGUCUGCUCAGUUCAGCCCAUCUUACUGGCUCCAAAUGACAGUUCAAGCUCCAGGGAUGAGAUAAAAUUGUACUCUGAGCCAGACUUCCAGGGAGAGUGUUACAUCUUUAACCUCAAACAGGAGGAAAUGCCAGAAAAAUUAGUUACCAAGUCAUGCAGAGUGACGGGAAGAAGCUGGGUCCUCUAUGAGAAUGAACAGUUCUCUGGGAACUUGUAUGUCUUAUCUGAAGGAGACUACCCCAAUCUAACCAGCAUGGGCUGCCCCCCUGACUGUUCCAUUCGUUCUGUUAAGAUUGUGCCCUUGUUGUUCUCAGUUCCUUCCAUCUCUUUGUUCGGGCUUGAGUGUCUGGAGGGCAGAGAGAUCACCACAGACACAGAGAUCCUGAGUAUGGUCGAAGAAGGCUUCAACAACCACAUCCUGUCACUCAGAGUCAACAGCGGCUGCUGGGUGAUAUGUGAACACAGCAACUACAGGGGGCGCCAGUUCCUACUGGAGCCAAUUGAAAUCACCAACUGGCCAAAGUUCAGCUCCCUUCACACUAUUGGCUCAAUGUACCCAGUCAGACAGAAGCGCCACUUUUUCCGUAUCAAGAACACAGAGCGAGGUCACUUCCUGUCCGUCCAGGGUGGCGUGGAGGAGUUGAAAUCGGGACGAGUGGUGGUGACGCCUGAGGUGGAGCCACUGAGUGACAUCUGGUUCUACCAGGAUGGACUGAUUAAAAACAAGUUGUCCCCAACCAUGAGCCUUCAGGUGGUUGGCAACAUAGAGCCAGCAGCAAAGGUGGUUCUGUGGACAGAAACCCGACAGCCCAUUCAAACCUGGACUGCCCAAAUGAAAGGCCUCAUCGCUAGCAAUACUUUCCCUGGCAUGGUCAUGGAUGUUAAAGGUGGCAAAACUUACGACAAGGACCACGUGGUCAUUAUGCCCGAGAAUGAUGAGAGGCCCAGCCAGCAGUGGGAGAUAGAGUUGCUGUAGCCAUCAGCAGCACAGGAACCGAGCUUACCUUUGCCACUUUGUGAUAUUGUCUUGAUAUUUCAGUAUCCACUCUUGUAUCUGUUUCAUGACUUAUUGCAUCUCAGGACACACAAUUCCUUCUAAAACCUAUGAGCUAGUUUGAAAUCAGUAUCCAACAGCAAGAAUGCGUAGAAGCAAUAGAUGCCCUGCAAAAGCUGCCCAAGUUGUUUUCAAGGUUUUUUGUUAGUUUGCAUUCAUAGCAUGAAAUGUUUUUUUUUCUUUUAAAAAUGUAUUUUACCAAAGAAGGGUUGAAAUAAGUGCCUUGAGUUGUUUAGUUUUAUUUGGAGCGUGAGUCGAAAACCAAUAGCAAAUACAUGUUAUUUGUUUAAGGAUGUACAGUGAAAAUUCCGUAUAUGGUUCACACUGUUCUGCGACUUUCAUUUGACCUUCCAGCUGAUCAUUUGUCAACAAUUUGAUUAUCCAGCCUGGGAUUUCCAUGUUUAUCGGAAUCUGAGUUUAUGUGGGCUUUUUUUUGUCUGUAGAAGAGGAACAUCAUCUUGUCCUAUAUUUGUUUACUAUAAAUCUAAGUUUGAAAUUCAAAUUGCUUUUGGGCAUUUGAUUUCCUGGAAUGAAAGCAAAAUGGCCUUCUGUGGUUUAUAGUGAAGCUGGAUGGGUGAAGCCAAAAGGAUGUUUAGUAUUCAAGAAAUGCGUAUUACGCUUUUAAGUUUUUUGUUUUUAUAUAUGUAAUAUAUAUAUAUAAAAAAAAAAAAUUCCUGUAUGUGUUGUGGGAAAUGUUGCACUUACGUAUACAUGCAUGGUCCAGUGCAAUGAACUGUGCAGUUUCUGUCGAGUUACCGUUUCUUGACAUAUUUUGAUGUAAAUCUUAAUGUGUAUGUUUCUGUGUUCCCUGCUUUAGCUGUAUGUUAAUAUUUGAUACUAAAGAUGUAAUAUCAUGUGUUAUGUAGGAGGGAAAGGUUUUAAAAUAU